AGUCUUCUGACCACCCCAGCUCAAUUUCACCUGACGAUAAUCCUAGUCCGCAGCUACAAUGAUGGCCCCACGUUCUGCGAUGCUUGUCAUGGCCCUCGUUGCCGUGGCGGCGGCACUACUCUGGGCCGGAGCAGAGGCCCAGACGAGCUGCAGCAGCGCGUUGAUUAGCCUGUCGCCGUGCCUUAGUUUCAUCACGGGCAACUCCUCGGUGCCAUCGCCGACCUGCUGCACUCAGCUCGCGAGCGUCGUCAAUUCGAAUCCGCUGUGCCUCUGCGAUGUCCUGAAUGGGACCCUCUCGACUGCGCUGGGCGUGAACAUCAAUCAGACUCAGGCGCUGAAGCUGCCUCCCGCCUGCAACGUCCAGACGCCGCCCACCAGCAGCUGCAAUGCUUUAUCUCCGGCGAGGUCUCCGGUGGGAUCGCCACCUUCCACACUUGGUGGGAGCUCAUCAGAUGGAGGGAGCAUCGAUGUGAAAUGGUCUUUAGUCCUCUUCUUCACGCUCUUCAUGGCAUCGCAUGAGGCCGUCAUGCUCAUGCAGAACACCUAGACGCAAGACAGCUCCUUCUUGUCAUCUGUUUCUUCUUCAUCAAUGCCCUGUACACAUCUACAUUCCGUUGUUGUCCUUGCAUGCUGAAUAAAAGAUGUUCCGGUGCUCCUAAGUAGAUAAGAUGUAUCAGUUAAAAUAUAUUCAAAUUACUAUCAUGAUUCAGUAAUUACCAAGAUAUA